ACCGCGAAUAUAUAAAAGUCUCUGUAACACGCCAUUAAGAAUUCGCUCUUGACGCAAUCUCAUGUAAAGAAGGGUGACCCAGAAGUAAAUUCGAGGUUAUCACGGCCAAAAUGGCAGAAACAGGCCGCGAAGACUCGGGUGGUUUGGGUCUCGAAGCUGAGCUGGAGCUUCAAGAUGCCGCGACGCGUUCUACCUCUAGCGCUCCCGAGAUGCAUAACAGAACUAGCGAUGCCAGCGACCACGAGGCGUCUCAUAGUGACGGGUCAGAAGAUGGUGAUGGUUUUGAUAAUAAGAGAUCUAUCGACAGUGGCUACUCGCAUUGGGAUCCGGAACCGGGAUUCGCGCACAUUGACGGCGAUGUUGACGGACAUGGCUACAACCAGACCACGGUCGAUAUUAUCGCUGUACCCUGCGUUGGCGCGUCUCCUGUUGAUACCUGGGCUAGAGAUCCUCUCACGGAGGACUACUUUGGCUUUCCUCCGCCGAAUGAGCUUCAGCGCUAUUCCACCGUGAAAGAACUCCCGGGAAGUAGCAUCCUAUCGCCCACGAUAAAUCGUCAUUUGCCGAAAGCGAGCCAACUCUGGAUAAGACAGGGCAUCCGCAAAGAAGUUAGCAUGGCGCGGGUGAUGCUUUAUCGUCAUCGUGAGCUAGUGGAGGGUAUGACGCUCGACCAGGCUGCCGAUGACCUGCUUGAUCAAAUCAUGAAGACACGUGUUAGUCAGUCAAAGUCAAGGCCUAUAUUCUUUAUCUGCCAUAGCGUCGGCGGGCUUGUUGUGAAACUUGCUUUAGUCAAAGCGAACCAGAAACCUGAGCUUAGGUCUCUAAUCUUCGAUUGUCAUGGUAUCGCUUUCUUUGCUACACCUCAUCGCGGCUCGAGUUACAUGUCGAUGCCUCAUCUAGGAGAGAGCAUUCAGCAUCUCAUGUACCUGCAAAGUCCGCUACCUAAGUCUAUCGCUCGUGAAUUGCGAUUAGGAAACAAAUCGUUACUGAAGUUACAAGAUAAGUUCGUAGACAUAGCUAGUGAGCUGCGUAUAUGGACUUUCUAUGAGACAGCCGAUUCGCAAUUGUCCGGAUUUGGCGGCGCCGACUUCGACGAAGUUCACUUCAGCGCCCCACUAACGUCUAUUAAAUCAGGUAUACUUGGAUGUCGAGGGGAGCAAGCCUUAUCUCUCGAGAGCGAUCACGCUCAUUGCGCUUCGUUCGGGCCCAGCAAUAUCCGAACAAUGCAUUCGUUCCUCGCUGACUUAGGAGCUGCGGUUCGGAAAGCAGAAGAAUUGAGCUCUAAAUACGUCCACACGCCAUUGGGGUUAAGUGAAAAUAUUAAGGUCGAGCUCAUCGGAUUUUAUGGGGAUCCAGAAGGGGAAUACGGCCAAGAAAUCAGGCUUUAUAUCUCGAAGCAUAUUUUGAAAGACUUCCUGGAGAAGGGCCCUGAGAAAUGCCUUCAGGAGCGGAUGAACACUGUGGCGGCCAGGCGGCACCGAGGCAUAGUACGACCACAGCGCCCAUUAUCGGGCCCAUCACCAAUUGCAGGCGCAUUGGGGAUUGUUCAAGAUUUUGGACAGAUGCUUUUCAGCUCAGUGCGACCCAAUAGCUCAUCCGAAAACCCUGAACACGAGUCCAACACUGGUCCAUCGCCCGAAAUCGUUGUUACGAGUCACGCUUCUCGACCAAGCAUGAUUGGCGCGUCAACUGAGCCUGUCCCUGCUGCCUCGUCGAGGAGAAGUCGUGGGUUGACGGUUCCUUCUCUUGCGACUCCUGGUUUCCAUCGUCCAUCCUCACGGGGUAGUACGGGAUCAGCUAGGACCACCAAUUCUGAUCCUCACGGGGCCGGCAUCUCUCCAAGAACAGGACGAAGAGCUGCCACAAAAGAGGACUCCUUCGACUUAGGGGGUGGUAUUGGCCGUUUUACCACACUCCACAGCAUGGGCGCUGGCUUCUCUAGGCCAGACCCCUCCAGGAGAAAGUUUAUGUGGAUUCAUUUACCAUUUAAUAACCCUCACUGGGUCAAGAAAAUCUUCGAUAAGCUCUCCGAAACGCAGAAUCGAAACUUUGAUAAACUUCUAAGCAACGAGAAUUGGGUUAACAGACAUGUACAAGGGCGCCAUGCGAAUUUACAUUCUUCAUAUGUCAAACCGGGGUGCGCUUUCGUCCCAUCGGAGGCUGGGUCACCCCGUCCGCCGUCUCCAGGAAGAAUCGGUAGGAGUCCUAGCCCUGCGAUCACCCCAACACACCUAUAUCUAUAUCUGCCAUAUCUGCACUAUGAUACAUAUAGAAAUAUAGUACGACGCCGUAAUAUCAUCAAGCGGAGGAUGGAACAAGGUAGAGCAAGACCUGUCCCGAGAGACGUUGCUGAACUCGAGUCUCUUGACUCGCGGGUAAUCUGGCAAUAUAUCGGACAUGAUCCGCCGCUUAAUACGCGUAGAACCUUGGAUCAAUAUGGGUACCCGGCUCUCCGAGACACUUACGCACGAGACGACGACCAAAUGUUGUAUAAGCUUACCAAAGAAAGAAUCGCGAUUCCGUUUAAGCGGAAGCGGGACAUGUACCAUGUAGGCGACGGCAAGGAGCCUUUGAGUGUCCUUUCGCCGGGAAGUCGGUUGAUGUCAACUGUGGACACGUUAAAAACAGGCGAUACAGCAACUCAUAAGGAAGAGAGUGACUCCGAUCUCGAAAACGAUAUUAUCGAUGGCAAUGUCCUCAUGGUUGACCAGCUAUGGCUCUGGGCAGUUGAUACCACGACUUUGACGACCUUUUUCCCGAAGCGCGAAUCUCAUCCUACGGAAGGCCCGUUAUUCCAACAGGCCGAUCUCAGAAAUAGCGUGUAUAAUGAGCUUAACGGAGAUCUUAGCGGUCGCUGUGAAAAUCCAUUGGACCUUGCGGCUUUCGUAACUCUGCACGCGGUUACGGUGCUACUUGAUAGAACCUCGCAUCCGGAUCUAGAGGUUUUCCGUAUCUUUGAAGAAGCUCUUGGUAUACUUACUGAAAGGAUGACUUCAUCGCUCAAACGUUUCAGAAUGCAGACAUUUCGGGAUAGAAUCCUGGAUGAUUCUGACUCGGACGAGCUGGAGGAUAACCGAUCUGAGAGCAUAAAACGACGGCAUAAGCGAGAGCUGGAGCAGGCGGAGCGAGAAAACCGUGAAAACACAUCUGCCCUACUCGAGCUUCGCGACAUGGAUGACGAACUCAACACGAUGAUGAAUCUCUUCUCGGAACAAGAGGUUACAAUUAAAGCGAUGAAGGAGAGCUACGAAAGAACUGAGCUCUUGUCCUUCACGGAAAAUGGGCGCGGGUUUCUGGAUGAAGCAUUGAAACGAUUGCAGGAGUACCGGAAACAAGUAAAGGACAUGAUCAAGCGGGUUGAUAACACGAAGGCAGACUACGAGAAACUCCAAGAGAUGAUACAACGUCAAGCGCAAGUAGAUGAAGUGCGGUGGUCACGACUACAAACCGAGCUGGCUAGCUCUCAAAACACCUCGGUGAUGAUCUUCACGACGUUUACGGUGUUAUUCCUACCGCUCAGCUUCUUUACUAGUUUGUUCGGUAUGAAUACUAAGGAGUGGGGAGGUGAAGAUGACAAUUUUGUUAGCCUGGGGUUUAUUGGCGCCAUCUCACUCCCCGUGUCGGCAGUGCUUAUAAUCGGCACGCUCUUGGCAGCUUUCAGCGGCCGUGUGCAAGCCGCAUUUAAAGGAUGCUUUAAAUUAGCAAAGAAGGGGAUGCAGCAGAGCACCGCUAAGCUCGCCACACUCGAGCCGGAGGCGUCGCGUCAGGUGAAGCAGCGGCGAAGACAGCAAAGGGAGGAGCGCGCGCAAAGGGCAGAACGACGCCGCGAGCGCGGGUACGACUUUUGGGAAACGGUUCGGGCGGAACGACCCAACGAAUACGUCAUCCCGGAUUUAAAUCGUAAGACGGCUACUAAGAGGAGAUUGGCGGGUAGGGGGACGUGGAAGAGGUUGAUUAAAGAUGGAUAUUGAAAUGAUCUGCAUGUAAAUUGAGCGUGUUAUUGGGUUCCGAAGACUGACGAAUGGUACCCAACUAAGUUGAUUAUUUAUAUGAAGUUAAUAAUGAGAAGAGGAUGAGAAUGAGAAGUUGUCGAUAUCAUAAUUAUAACAAUAUGACCACCAUACCUUAGGUAGUCUAUUAU